AUGAAUUCUCGCGAUGGUUACACAUGGACGCCAACAGACGGCCUCAAAGCUGGCGUGCCGUCCCUCGGCGUCAUAACACCUUCCACGAACCUUUCGGACUCGGAAGAGUUUCACGAUGUUAUCGUUGUUGGCGCCGGCUACUGCGGGCUCACAGCCGCGCGCAACGCCGCAGUCGAAGGGUUGAAAGUGCUGCUGCUGGAGGGCCGGGAUCGUAUUGGCGGCCGAUCCUGGUCAUCAAACAUCGAAGGUUACCCUUUUGAGAUGGGAGGUACAUGGGUGCACUGGGGACAAUCGAACACUUGGAGAGAGAUCGUAAGAUAUCAGAUGAUGAACGACGUGGAGAAGUCGUUUGACUUCUCACACGGUGUCAAUCAUUAUGAAUUGAAUAUUGGGCUUGAAGGCUCUACCAUGAGUCAUGACGAGGAGGAUGCACUGCUCAUUGCAGCGCUGAAUAAGUUCACGAACAUAGACGGAGCUUAUGGGAGAAACGUGAUUCCUCUACCUUAUGACAUUUUCCACGUGGCCAAUGCGACGCACCUUGACGAUUUCUCCGCUCAAGAUCGCAUCGAUGAGAUUGCAUUAUCACUAUCGCCACAGGAGCGUGCCGCUGUCGAAUCCUUCGUCCUGUUAUGUAGCGGGGCCACUCUCGCGACAACAAGCUUUCUCGAAUUCAUGCAUUGGUGGGCCAUCUGUGGCUACACCUACGCAGGCUGCAUAGACAUGCUUAUCACCUGGAAGUUCAAGGGUGGACAAUCGAGCUUCGCAAUCAAAUUUUUCCAGGAAGCACUUGCAACGAAGCGUCUCGCAUACGCUUUCAACAGCCCGGUGAGCAACAUUCAGGAUACGGGUCGAAAGGUGCAAGUCACGACACGGGAUGGCCGCCGGUACCACGCAGCGCGACUGAUCUCAGCAAUACCUCUGAACGUCUUGGGCGAGGUGACUUUCGAUCCGCCGCUUUGUGCUGGAAAAACAGAGGCUAUUGCAACAGGUCAUGUCAAUCAAUGCGUCAAAGUUCACGCAGAGGUUUCAAACAAGAAUCUCCGCUCUUGGACAGGCGUUGCAUAUCCGCACAACGAGCUCAUGUAUGCCAUUGGCGACGGAACAACACCCGCAGGCAAUACACACAUUGUCUGCUUUGGCGGUAGCAACAAACAUAUCGACCCUGAGGAGGACAUUGACGCAACUAAGCGUGCAGUUACGAACAUGUUUGUGCAGCAGAAAGACCAGCCUAACAUUGAGAGAUUAGUAUUUCACAACUGGUCGAAAGACGAGUUUGCAAAGGGUGCGUGGUUUUUCUCAUCUCCUGGCUUCCUCGCGAAACAUCUGGACCAUGUGCGGGAGAGGCACGGAAAUGUGCUGUUUGCCAACUCAGAUUGGGCACUUGGCUGGAGGAGUUUCAUCGACGGUGCAAUUGAAGAAGGCACGAGGGUUGCUUUCGAAGUGCGAAGAGAAUUGAUGGAGUCACUGGACCAUGGUGGAAAGAGCAGUUUGAUGCCCGAAGCAGCAAAUAGAAAAGAAGGGCGAGGCUGUUUCCAGUGCUCACGCCGUAGGGUCGUCUGCGACAGGACCGAGCCAUCCUGCCUCAAAUGUGCGAAGAAGGGUAUCGAGUGUUCUGGACUUAGCAGGAUUCGAUUUGCUGAAGGAGUGGCUAGAAGGGGCCGGCUCAAGAACUGCAGGAUUCCCACGACCAAAGGAGAUGGUGACUGUCAGAAGUUGCCAGAUAAUACCAGGUUCCAAGCAGCACUAGUCUGGCCGGGUGAAGACAGAGCUAGAAAGAGGAAACGCAAUGCGAACGGAAGCAUUGGGACGAAAGACCCGAGAAACCCAACGCCAGAUGCACGACAAGAACCACCAGACGACAGUAAUUCAAGAGAAAACUCUCUAGAGCCUACCAGAACCGAUCAACAAGGUAACACCCGAGCGGACGACAUCUGCAGAAGUGAAGAUUCGCUUGUGACUGCGUAUUCCCGUCACUGCCAUGUCGCUCCUUGGAUCGCACCGGUAGCCCCAACAUUACGGAUGCUCUUCUCAUAUUUCUCCAAUGUCGUCGCUCCGGUCAUGGUCGUGCUUGAUGACGACACGAAUGGCUAUAGAUCUCUAGUGCUUCCAAUGGCAAUCGAGGAUGAAGUUUUGCGUCGGGCAGUGAGUGUUGUCGCUACGCAACAUCUCAGUCGUCAGCGACCCGAACUCCAGAAAGCUGCUGAAGCUGAACGUGCCGCUGUCAUUUCACGACUGCGCAGUGACUCUUUGCAGCAGUCUGCGGAAAAAGUGUUCAAUAAGUUCACGUGGGCGACUCUGAUUGUGCUGCUAGUAGGCGAGACAGUAACGGGGAGUGCGGAUUAUGGCUUCCUCAUCCAGAUGCUGCUCAGCUUGUCCUUGAGCAAUCCUGGCCGAGACGCCAAUUCUGUUUUACUGAAAUUUUUGCAAGCGCAGACUCAACUGUUUGAGCUGCUUGGGGUACCACUGCUUGGCGAAGAAGUGGGACUACUGACGACGAUGAAAGCCACAGAAUCUCUGAUGAGCUGGCUGGCAUAUCCGCAUCUCGCAGAGAACAGUGAUGAUCGACGCCUUGCGGAUCUGAUACGGCAAUGUUUCGUUUCCGCAUGCGACAUAUACAUGCGAUCCGCGGCCAACGCCGAUACAAACUCAACUUUACAUGAAUCGAUCCAGUCACAUUCUAUUCAGCAGCUCAUUGGUAUGGUAUCGCAGAUUUUGCCUGACACUCGUGGUGCUCACGCACUAGUCUGGGUAUACUUUGUCGCCGGAGCAGCUUCGACCGAUCAAGGUCAACGGGAUUUCUUUGUGCACCGCAUGGAACUGGUUCACUUCCGUACGCAGUUUCAAAAUGUUUCUACUGCGAUACAGAGCCUCAAAAACAUAUGGGCGCGCGGGCAUAGAGGACGCUGGACCGCCUGUCUUCCUCAAUUAUCUAACGUGCUAGUCAUGUAG